AAAAUUUGUUGUAAAUUUUAGAAGUUGGAGUGGAAAAAAAGAUGUCGUCCCCAAAAUUAGACAACAAGGUGCUGCAGACCAUGAGGGACAUGGCCCAGAAGCUGCGGAUCCACUCGAUCACCUCCACCCAGGCAGCCAACUCGGGCCACCCCACCUCGUGCGCCUCGCUGGCGGAGAUCAUGGUGGUGCUGUUCUUCCACCAGAUGAAACUGACCCUAAGGCAUCCCCGAGAUCCGUCCAGCGAUCGUCUGGUGCUCUCCAAGGGCCACGCUGCUCCCAUUUUGUACGCUGCCUGGGCGGAGGCCGGCCUGUUUCCGGUGGAGGAGCUGCGCAACCUCCGGAAGGUGGACAGCGACCUGGAGGGUCAUCCUACGCCGCGGUUGAACUUUAUCGACGUGAGCACGGGUUCCCUGGGACAGGGUCUCGCAGUGGCAGCUGGAAUGGCAUACGUUGGCAAAUAUCUGGACAAGGCCGAUUACCGGACCUAUGUGAUCGUUGGCGAUGGCGAAAUGUCCGAGGGCAGUGUUUGGGAGUCUUUGCACUUUGCCGCCCACUAUUGUCUAGACAACCUCUGUGUGAUUUUCGAUGUGAACAAGCUGGGAGUGUUGGAUGUAUUCGCGGAAAUGGAGAACCUACGGGAGAGGCUGGAGGCCUUUGGGUUUCAUGCUUUGGUUCUGAAUGGCCACGACUUUGACGAGCUAAUCAAGGGAUUUCACAAUGCGGCCAACACCAAGGAUAGGCCCACGGCUUUGCUGGCCAGGACCAUUAAGGGCAAGGACUUCCUGGGAAUCGAGGGCUGCGACGAGAUGCACGGACAGAUCCUGGGAUCAAAGGCCGUGGCAGUGAUCAAGCGCCUCCAGGCUAUGAUCUCCAAUCCGAAUGCUCGUUUAAUUCCCAAGAAGGUUGACAAAUGUGGCCGCGCCCCAGAGGUCGAAAUUACAAACAUAAUGCUAUGUGCUCCGCCCGACUAUCGCCUAGGAGAUUCGAUCUCCACUCGCCAGGCCUAUGGCUCCGCUCUGGCCAAGAUUGCAGCCAACAAUUCCCGGGUGAUUGCCCUCGAUGGCGAUACAAAAAACGCCACAUAUGCGGAUAAGUUGAGGAACGCCUUUCCCGAGCGGUUCAUCGAGUGCUUCAUAGCCCAGCAAAACUUGGUGGGCGUGGCAUUGGGAGCCACGUGUCGGCGCCGCACCGUAGCUUUUGUUUCCACCUAUGCCGCCUUCUUCACCCGGGCCUUCGAUCAGAUCCGCAUGGGCGCCAUAUCCCACACGAACGUGAACUUUGCCGGCUCGCAUUGCGGCUGCAGCAUCGGAGAGGAUGGACCUUCGCAAAUGGGCCUGGAGGACAUGGCCAUGUUCCGCAGCAUUCCCGGAAGCACAGUUUUUUAUCCCACAGAUGCUGUGAGCACGGAAAGGGCUGUGGAGUUGGCGGCCAACACCCAGGGCGUCUGCUUCAUACGCAUCACUUAUCCGUGCACCACUGUGAUCUACAACAACGACGAAAAAUUCGCCGUAGGAUUGGCCAAAAUUAUCCGACAGAAGCCCUCGGACGAGUUGCUGCUCAUUGGGGCAGGGGUCACGUUGUACGAGUGCUUGGAGGCUGCCGAGCAAUUGGAGGAGGAAUGCGUCACCGCCCGGGUGCUGGAUCCCUUCACGGUGAAGCCACUCGAUGUUAGGCUGAUCAUCAAACACGGCAAAAUGUGCGGUGGGAGGAUCUUGGUGGUGGAGGAUCACUACCAGCAGGGCGGACUUGGGGAGGCGGUGCUCAGCGCCGUGGCUGACUACCGAAAUUUUGUUGUUAAACAUCUAUAUGUACCCACUGUGCCCAGAUCCGGGCCUCCAGCCAUACUGCUCGACAUGUUCGGCAUCUCCUCCCGUAACAUCGUGAAAGCCAGCAUGGCUCUCCUGAAAAAGUGAAAGCCUGCUCCUUGGGGUCGAUUUUGUAGUUUUUUAUAAUUAUGCCAAAAUUUUAAGUAUACUAAUUUUA